GAGGAAACCUGCAAUAAAAUGAAGUAAUUAAAUAUAGCCUUAGAGGAGUCUUUGAAACGUUCUAAAUCAGGACUUCCAGCGUCCCGAGUGUGCGCGCUUUAUAUUUCCAUUCUUCCUGGUCCUGAUUUUGCGUUUCUAAUGAAAGUGACCUGACAAAGCGUGAAAGUGGACUUAGGGGCAAAACAAAGCCAGCAAACAUGCUUCUGGUGUGCCAAGAUUAAUCAAUAUUCCAGAGACCUCGGGCUCCCCCUCCUCCCGGCGCUGUUUUCAUUUCCCCACUCCCCUUUCCCCAGCCCAGGCUCCGCCUCUUUUCUUAAGUUGCCUGAUAGUAACUUGCAGCCUCAGAGCACAUGCAUACUGUCAGGGUUUAGCCUGCCGGGCUGCUCGCUGUGCUGUGGUACCUGCUGGGGAAUUCACCUUGACAUUGCCUGGGGUGUCUUCCACCCGUUCCAAUUAUCAGAAAAGUUGUGUUCUCUAACAUCAAAGAAGAGAUUUGGCUUUCUGGGGACAAUUUCAAGGCACUGAAGUACAAAGAGGAGCUAUUUCUAGACAAAUAAAAUAUGACAAAAAGCAAUGGAGAAGAGCCCAGGAUGGGAGGCAGGAUGGAGAGAUUCCAGCAAGGAGUCCGCAAGCGCACACUUUUGGCCAAGAAGAAAGUGCAGAACAUCACUAAGGAGGAUGUGAAAAGUUACUUGUUUCGGAAUGCUUUUGUGCUGCUCACUGUCACCGCCGUCAUUGUGGGUACAAUCCUCGGAUUUACCCUCCGACCAUAUAAAAUGAGCUACCGAGAAGUCAAAUACUUCUCCUUUCCUGGGGAGCUUCUGAUGCGAAUGUUACAGAUGCUGGUCUUACCACUUAUCAUCUCCAGCCUUGUCACAGGAAUGGCGGCCCUAGAUAGUAAGGCAUCAGGGAAGAUGGGGAUGCGAGCUGUAGUCUAUUACAUGACUACCACCAUCAUUGCUGUGGUGAUUGGCAUAAUCAUUGUCAUCAUCAUCCAUCCCGGGAAGGGCACAAAAGAAAACAUGUACAGAGAAGGCAAAAUUGUACAAGUGACUGCUGCAGAUGCCUUCCUGGAUUUAAUCAGGAACAUGUUCCCUCCAAAUCUGGUGGAAGCCUGCUUUAAACAGUUCAAAACCAAUUAUGAGAAGAGAAGCUUUAAAGUGUCCAUCCAGUCCAACGAAACACUCCUGGGUGCUGUGAUAAGCAAUGUGUCAGAGGCCAUGGAGACUCUGACACGGAUCAGGGAGGAGAUGAUACCUGUUCCAGGAUCUGUGAAUGGGGUCAAUGCCCUGGGCCUAGUUGUCUUCUCCAUGUGCUUCGGUUUUGUGAUUGGAAACAUGAAGGAACAGGGCCAAGCACUGAGAGACUUCUUUGAUUCCCUUAAUGAAGCCAUCAUGAGAUUAGUAGCCGUGAUAAUGUGGUAUGCACCUCUGGGCAUCCUCUUCCUAAUCGCAGGGAAAAUUGUUGAGAUGGAAGACAUGGGUGUGAUUGGGGGGCAGCUUGCCAUGUACACAGUGACGGUGAUUGUUGGCCUCCUCAUUCAUGCUGUCAUCGUCCUGCCACUCCUCUACUUCCUGGUAACCCGGAAGAACCCCUGGGUUUUCAUUGGAGGGUUGCUGCAAGCACUCGUCACAGCGCUGGGGACCUCCUCAAGUUCUGCCACCUUACCCAUCACUUUCAAGUGCCUGGAAGAGAACAAUGGUGUGGACAAACGCAUCACUAGAUUUGUCCUUCCUGUGGGGGCCACCAUUAACAUGGAUGGCACUGCCCUCUACGAGGCCUUGGCUGCCAUUUUCAUCGCUCAAGUCAACAACUUUGACCUGAACUUUGGACAGAUUAUUACAAUCAGCAUCACAGCCACGGCUGCAAGUAUUGGGGCAGCUGGGAUUCCUCAAGCAGGCCUGGUCACCAUGGUCAUCGUGCUAACAUCUGUGGGCCUACCUACGGAUGACAUCACACUCAUCAUCGCAGUCGACUGGUUCCUGGACCGCCUCCGAACCACCACCAAUGUGCUGGGUGACUCCCUAGGAGCGGGAAUUGUUGAGCACCUGUCACGACACGAACUGAAGAACCGAGAUGUUGAAAUGGGUAACUCAGUGAUUGAAGAGAAUGAAAUGAAAAAACCGUAUCAGCUGAUCGCCCAGGACAGUGAAACUGAGAAGCCGGUGGACAGUGAAACGAAGAUGUAGACUAACAUACGAAUGCUUCCUUGAGCACCAGGUGUUGGAAAACUAUUAUGAAGUGUGUCCACCUUGUUAAGCUCACUCCUGCAGUGAGCCCCUUCCCUCCCUUUCCUCCCUACUCUGAUAGGAUUGGAAAGUGUUCAAAAACAAGGGAGGAUUUUGCAGCAGCCAAAAUAUAAAAGCUUCACCCAUAUUUGAAAAUUUUAAAUAAUUUCAUAUUAGUCUUACAAAGUAAGGUAAUGGGACCACACAUAGCUUUGAUCUUGCAAAUUUAUAUGGUACAUGAUCCUGUGAUUAUUUUGUAAAUUAAAGAAUUAAAAAUUUAAUAGGUUGAAAAUAUUUUAAAUCAAAUUCAACAUUUAAAAUUUCCUUCAGAACCAACUGAAUUUUAGUCUUAAAACCUAACAAUUUGAUGAACAGCUAUCAAUCACCAGAUAGCUAGCAAAAGGGUUUUCCCUUUUCUUCUAACUUCUGUCCUGACCUUAUCUGUUGCAGGAGAGUGUUCAUAUACCUGCAGCACAGCUGUGAGAAGGGGCAGAAAGUAAAGCUUCCAUGUAACCUUGAGAGUCAGAUCUCAUCUCUUGACCUAAGUGUUGUCAUUCAGAAAAUGAGUGACUUCUCUGGACACCUUGGGCCUUUCUGGUCCAGACCUCCUGUGACAUCAGGAAACAGCUUGCCCUCUAUUUCCCCUUGGAAUGCCCUGUACAAGUACCAUUCCAGGGACCAUGGGGCUCUCAAAGAGGACAUUUAAUGGGAGUGGGCAUUUCUCUCUAGGAGCAGGAUGGUAUGUGGUUCACCAGGUCCUGUGUCUAAAAUGUUGGACACGUCGCCAGGCAGAAAGCCAUUUGGGGAGUAGGAUAAUUCAUGAAGCCCUUUGCCCAGUUUUUCCCAACACAAGAAGCAUUCCUUUCUUGCCUACUCUUCGCAAACUGAGGGGAUUGUGCUAGUAAAAUCUCCCACCACUCCUCAACUCACAAUUAGAUGUUUAGGAAAUAAACAGAAGACUAGUGACUAGCGAAUGUGUUCGUGGUCUUGCUGUGGAACACUAACAAACUAGGAAAGAACACAGUAUGUCUGAUAUUACAAAGGGAGGACUUUAAACACCAGGAAUAUUGGUUUUCUUAAAGAAAUAUAAAAAGAAGAACCACAUCUUGACUCUUUUUUUAACCUGAACACAUCUUGUCUUCCAUUUCAAAUCAGUCCCCAAAAGUACAUGCCACAAUAUCAUGUCGCUCUUUCAUAUUUUAAAGUCAAACAAGUGAAUUUCUGGGGCAGGUCCAUGUGCUGGGUGAAUGGUCUCUUAUCUGAAAAAAUGGGGGGGGGGACUUUAAUCAGAAGUUCUUACAACAAUAGAAACAAGAUGCUUCUUUGUGUGGAAAUCCGACUUACCAAAUCAUUCAAAACUUGCAUCUACAGUGCGCUUUGCUUUAGUUCGUUUGUGUCCCUAAGAAAAAUGGUAGAAGGAUGAGUCAGGAUGGAGAUAAUAUCUAUGAAGUUUCAAGAAAAGACAGCAGGGGCAUUAUUUUCAGGCAAAGCAGCUCCCAGGUUUAAAGGAGAUUUUUUUUUUUAAACCUACUUAGGAAAAUCCCCUCCCCUUGAAGACACUGUUGAGCCAUCACAUAAUUCCAGCUGUGUUUGAGUUUCUGAACAAAAAAAGAUGAAGAAUGGAUUUAAUUAUGCUAACAAACUGAAAAUCUAAAUAGGCAUCUCCUGACCCACAAUUAGAUACCUUAAAGAGCUCCUGAGCCUUACAUGCAAAUAAAGGUUAAUGCUAGGCUAUGGUGGUAUAACCAUUUAAUUUCAAGCUCUAUUUGGGAAGUACACUACAAAAGUUAAUGUAUGUGGCAGUCAUUACACUAGUAGAGCAGAAGUUAAUCAUGUCAAAUUAAUGCUGUUACACAGUGUGAUGUUUUAUACUAACCAUCUCUUGUGAAUGCAGAUCCUCCAGGGUGAUCCUUUUGCCAGUCCACCACAGGCUCUGCAAAAUGCACCCACUAUGGACUGGAAGACAUUACGUUGUAGGUGUAUUUUCAAUAAAGAAAAAAAUAGUUUUACAUUAA